AGUAUUAUACCGAUGUGUGCUCUAUGCGACUAUAUAAAAAGCAGAGGAGUUUGACGGACCACCAUUUGGUGAUACUUAUCUCAGUCUCUCACAGCUUAUCUUAGGCGGGAUUCACAAUGAAGCCACAGACAGAGUUAUUCAUCGUAGUGCUUCUGUUGGCGUCCUCGGCUAUUAGCCAGGAGGUUGAAGUAGUUGAACAGGAGCAGAACAUCGAACCUGAUGGGACCUACUCCCAUCGAUAUCGGUUAACCGAUGGAACAGAAGUUCAGGAGCAAGGAAAAGGAGGAGUAUCUGCUACCGGCGGAUACAGUUAUACCUCACCGGAGGGGGAAGUGAUCCGCAUAACCUACACUGCCGAUGAAAAUGGCUACAACCCGCAAGGUGAUGCCAUUCCCCAACCGCCGCCCAUUCCGGAGGCGAUCCUGCGAGCGUUGGAGUACAUUCGAACACAUGCCCGACCCGAGCAGUGAAAAGUGUUUUCAGUGUAGUGAUAGUGAUAUGUAUCAUAUAAUGCGGUUGGGCUGUAGAAAUUGUUAUGUUUUAUUGUUGAAAGUAUUGUGAUAAGAAAUCAUUGAAAUAAUAACAUAUAAAAAUAAUUAUGUGAAUAAGUGAAAUCUGGUCUUUUGUGAAUAAUUUAUUUAAGGUGAAGAUAUAACGAAGUGUCCAUGAAGAGAUGGAAAAAACAAUUGCCAUCGAUUGUUUUUCACAAAAUAAGGAAGGAAUUUUUGUGAGAUAUCAAUCAAUCGUGAUCAAGAACAUAGUUAAAUAUGUAGUGAUCGUGGUUUAAAUAAUGUUGAACAUGCAUAAGGCUUAGACUGGCCCAAAUACAGAAAUGUCGAAAAGUUCCACGGGGCACCCCCUAGGAUUGUGCCUUUGGGCGAGAAGAAUAAGCUGAGAAAAAUUCAGCUCAAUCGGUUCAAAAUUAAGCUGACGCAAACGAUUUCUAGUACAGUGUGUAUGGGGUUUUCAGGCCAAAUGCAUGGCAAAUUGGAUGGCCUACAGUCCCUCGUUCCACACGUCGGUUUGUCACGCUAGAUUUGGUACAGAAUGUAAUGAAUGGCAGUUGAUACUGUAAUGAAUAAGUUUGGAGGACAUCAUAUAAAGAUAAAACUUUAUUUAGUUGCGGUUAGGGCCAAUGGAAGGAGGAUGGGGAUCUGAACCCUCGUUUAUUUUCAGUUUUUGUUUUGCAGCACGUGUUUGUCGUUCGAAACUUGCGCGCGAAAUCAUAGACAGCUAUUUUUUUUUCUUCAUUUUAAUUGUUCGCGCGCGUAUAUCUAAAUGAAGAAUAACAUAGCAGCCGCGCGCAUGUUUUGGACGACAAACAUGUGCUGCAAUGCAGCAACCGAGAAUAAACGAAGGUUCAUAUCCUCAUCUUCCUUUCGUUGGCUGAAACCUUAACUAAAUCAAGUUUUUCCGUGGUAGGUAUGAUCUUUUGCAAUAUUGUUCUUUAGAAAACUAACUGCCAUCUAUUACAUUCUGAGCCAAAUCGAGCGUGAUAAACCGGCUUGCUGAACCAGGGACUGAAGGUCAUCGAAUUUCCCAUGUAUUUGACCUGAAAACCCCAUACAUACAAACUUGAAAUCGUUUGCGCCAGCUUAAUUUUAAACCGAUUGGGUUGAAUUCUGCACUUGUAAUUCUUCUCACCCAAGAAGGGGGUGCCCCGUGGAACUUUUUUUUUUAUAAAUGUGGGCCAGUCUAAUAAGGCCCCAUUACAAUCGAACAAUAUUUGGCAAAGCAGGACGACAUUAAUCCGAAGAACCCAUCUUUUAGUAACCAUUAAGGCCUUAGAAAUCAGAUAUCAUGUGUACAGUUCUACAAUAUUGCGCAGUGUCAAGAGUAGUCUAAUAUACACAUUACACGGGUCUGCACUAGGAUAGAUCAACGAUCUACAUGACAAAUUUAAUUUGAUCAUUUUCAAUGAGAUCAAAUUGGUUCAGGUGUUAUUAGAGGUCCCUAAGCCUGGAAGGGUAGUACAGACUUCAUUAAGCUAUCAAGAAUCAGUAGGUCGGCUCC